CAGCCGCAGUCCUCGUCCAGUGGUGGGGAUGAAAAUUAGUUACGGCAUCCACCAAGAGACCUAAAAGGAACUCCGUGCGCGGCGCGGCCAGGCAAGCACUUCGUGCAAUGUUACGCGUUAAGGUACCCCCGUGCGUCGUUGGCAGUGCCCGGUUACGAAGCUCAUCGUCGUCAUUAUCGCCGUCGUUGUCGUCUCCGGUGUUGGACGCGUGACGGUCAUCGACGUCACGCCAAGAAAAAGUUGGUUCGGUGGGUGCGCGAAACUACACGUUAUGGCUCACGGUGUGAGCGAGGUGCUCGGUGAGGGGAACUCGGUGAAAAUGGUGCAUCAGAAACAGCAACAGCAGUCGGUAGUGCAUCAGCAGCAACAAAACGGCACUAGGAAAUCCGUCGGAGUGAUGGGCAGUAGACGAAUAUUUGCGCCGGCCUUCAAGCUCAAGGUUCUCGAUUCGUACAGGAACGACAUCGACUGUCGUGGGAAUCAGCGAGCCACCGCGAGGAAAUACGGAAUCCACAGACGUCAAAUACAAAAGUGGUUACAGUGCGAGGAUAAUUUGAGAAACAGUUGUGCCGAGACUGGAAAUUCGGGAGUCGUUUCGUCGACGGUGAUCUCUUCCGCGGGUGUUUCCAAGUCGGACGGUACCGUGACGGAAGGUACGGGGCCUGCCGUGACUCCAGCAGCGCCGGCCUUGAACCUCAGCCUCACCAGACUGCACGGCGACGAGCUGGCUACACAGCAAGGGCCCCCACCUCUUCUUUCUCGUCCUCCUCAUGGUGGUUCAGGCUCUUCGCCCCAAUAUGCCGCUCAAUCCACCACGGUCCCGGUUUUAUCCGUUCGCCUCGGAUAUCAAGAAUAUUCCGGUAAUCAGGAGCCCCAUCAUCUUCGUCGAGUGACGGAGGAUCGCGCGCAGAUAACGGACUCGGUUCACGAAUACUCGGAAACUCGCGGGGAUCGAGAACAAGUCGGUUACUACGUUCUAAACGGCGACGGACAACGAGAAAUCGAGACCUCGACGUCGUUCGACGGCCGAAACGAGGCGAAGGUAUAUCAAACGUUGACCAGCUAUCGCGUGCCUUCUCAUCAAGCGCACCGGUACAAGGAAAACGAAAUAAUCGGUGCGAUGGUUCAUCAUCGGCAAGAACAUCGUUCGCCGAGCCUCCAUCGAUCUCAACAAACUUACGGAGACGUGGAUUCUUCCGUGGACGGGAAAUCAUCGUACGGUUUGCUGCUAGCGCCGUCCAUGAUAAAGACGGAACGAGCGAGCCCAGACUCAGCGGCGACACCAGGACCGUGCGAAUCGACGUGUUCUCCCGGUGCCCCUAAGGUCCCGCUCUCGCCCGUUUCGCAUCGCGCCAAUAGUACCACCAGCACCAGCUCCACGACGUCCGUUCACUUCGAUUCCCCACGGGCAUCCGUGAGUCCAUGCUUGCACGUGCACGAACAUGCACACGUAUACGCGUCUCCGACACCGGAUUCCAAGAAGUCGAUCCAAGAGUCGAACGAGACAACGGUCCGUAUUGAAGAGAAGGGAACGGAGGAUGUCGUGAAUGAGGCGAAAAUCGAUAGGACGGUGAUCAAGGAAGAAUUGCACUUCGAGGAAGUGGGGGAGGAAGAGGACAAGGAGGAGGAGGAGGAGGAGACGAACGACGAAGGAAGAGAGGCCGAUGCAUCAUCGUACGUCGAUUAUCAACGGGCACCUGCCGACUCGCGUCCGGUAAGCCCAGCGAACGAUCCGGAAGGAUAUUCCUUGCCGUCGAGCCCUCGAGAUCCCGCUAGUUCCGGGAGAUCCAGCACCAGUUGCUCAGACAGCGAAAUGGACCCUCUCGAUUGCUCUUCCGGUGGGCAUAAUUCGUCCAACGAUCUCGCUCGUCGACGAUCCUUUUCCCUUCGCUUCAAACUGGACGUUCUAGACGCUUUUCACAGAGACGUCGGCGUAGCUGGGAAUCAACGUGCAACAGCGAGAAAAUUUGGCAUUAAUCGGCGCCAAGUACAAAAAUGGCUAGGCCAGGAGACGGAGCUUAGGGGUGAAAUCGCUGUUCGUGGAAACUCACGGCAACGGCUGGGCCCUAUCCAGGAUGCCGCUUCCGGUGAGUCACCGGUGGAUCUGAGGACGUCGAACUAUGUUUCCAACUUAUCGCACGAUCGAAUCGAAGCCGAGUACGACCUAUCGCCUCCGCCUCUUUACUGUUGCGACGUAAGUUUUUCCUCCUCGCAACAUCUUUCCUACUACCACCACUCGGUGAUGAUGGAUCCGUCGUCUGAGAGCGAGCCCGCGGCUUCUUGCAAUCUCUCCUGCUGCAUGGACGUUCACGCGACGACACCGGCGCCCUCGUGUUACCAGGAAACGUCCUUAAGAGGGUCUUGCUACUCGGACCCUCAAAACAGGCUGUACUGUUAUUCUCCCAGAGAGUAUUCGUCCGAGAUCACCUCCGUGCCCGAGACAACGGAGGAAUUUUCGUCCUCGAAAAGACAGCACUGCACUCUGGCGUGCUGCUACGAGGGUACGCCGUCCCCGAAGAGGAUCUGUUUGGAAACCGACGAGACUAUCGGGACGAGCCCUGCGUGCCAGGAAGCGCCGCCUCAAGACACGCCAUUGUGUCUAGUAAAACCGAAAAGGCUCUUCGAUUCGCCAAGAUCGGAACCAGUGACCAGCACCGUCCCGACGCCACCGGCAUCCACGGCACCUCCUCCUCCGGAACCAAUCUCUAAGAAGGAUGCUAUGCUGUUCAAACCGUACCUGGACAAUCCCGUAAGUAAGCCUGCGAAGGAGCACUCGAUCCAGAGGGGGCUGUCCCCCGUUAGCAGCCAGAACGUCGUCAACAACAACAACAACUGCCAAAGCAUCUGCAAUUUAAACGAAAGCAGGGGCCACGACUACGCCCUCGAACUCAGUUUAAGACUGCCGGUAUCCUGGAGGACUCACCCGAGUCCGUACACCGAGUUCCCUCAAGUUAAAAGCGCGUUCGUUAGGUAUCCAGCGAGUCCUCAUUACAGUUAAAUCGGCAACACUCUUUCGAUCCUCAACGCAGCGGGAUAGACGCGAUACAUAUUCAUCGAUCCUUGGUCGUCAUCCGAGAAUCAUUCGAAAUCGACUUGCCGAUCCCCACCAUUUGAGCAAAAGGAUUCGCCGACGAAGGAUCGAUAGAUACGUGAUCAACGACACGUCGCGCGCCGCGAACGUUUAUCGUUUCGAUACCGCGUUAUAGAUCGCGAUAAAGUCUUAAUCAGUCAUUGGACGAUGCAUGGCGUGGUAGGAGAAAUUAUACAUAAUCGUGUCCUCGGCCGACGUGUUCUCCCAACUUGCCCAGGCCUGCUUCUCUUCGUUAUUCCCCGCAUCCUCUAAAAAAAUCGGUGCAGAUAUCCAGCGAGACACUUUUUCGUUGUUAUCGUCGAGAUUAGCGUUGAGCGGCUAUCGGCUAGGCCGUUUAGAGGUCGCGUGGCAUCGUUAUAAUUACGGAAUUAUGUCAGUCGCAGCAAUAGAUACCGAUCACGGAGAAAAACUCUCCCGCGAGCGAUGGGGUUACGAAACGAUCGGAAGACACCAUCUUAUUUUUCAACGAAUCCCUCCUCGAGUCUCUAGAGAUUGAAUUAGGAAUGAAAAGUUCCACGAUGCGAAAAGUAUUCCCGUGUAUUGUAUUCCCGUCGCACCCGCUGGCUUUCCCGCGAACGGCCGUCGUUUUUCUUAUUCCGUCUUCGUCGAGGAUCGAUCGUCGUUAGAUAUCGUUUAAUUGCUCAAAGAAUUUCUUCCAUGCGCGCACCAGUGUUACACGCACGGUGCGCAAGUAUUACGACAGGGUUCCGUCUCCGUUUUCUUUUCUCUCAUUUUCUUCUCCCCCGCCGCUCGACUCGGAUCAUCCGACAAUUUUUCUUCGUCGUUUCUUUCCUUCCCGGCGGAUCGAUGACUUGUAAAUAUGUAAAUAGCGUGGAAUCGACCGAUCCACGGUUACAGAGGUAUACGACAGCGUAAAAGGAUCGAGCCGGUUCCCGGAAUUUUCACCGAAAACGGAAAUCGCGAGAAUUUCGAAAGGAAGGAGAGGAACGGCAACGAGAAGAAUUCGAUAGCGUGAUAGUAUUGUACGUCGCGAUCGCUUCCGUUCGAAACCGCACCGCGUGCCUUUUCCUCCCAAUUUCGGAGCGAAUUAACUCGUAGACGCGUGCAUAAACAAAAAAUAUAUUUUGUAUCGAUCUGUGCGCUUCUUCGGUCCAUCGAUCAUCCGCGAAACUUGUUCAUAGCCGUCGGAAAUCGCUGGAUCGGAGAGGAGCAAGAAAUUGUUAGAUAGGUUAACCUUUUCGUCGCGAACAAACUCGAAAUGCAGUGUUGCAAUAUCGACCAAUCGCAACAAGAAACGUCGACGCUUAAUUGUACGAGUCGUAAUCGUGGCAAAAAGACUAACUCUCAAGAGGCUGAUGGUAGGGAAAGAAUUUUAAGAAAACACGUACACACCAGAGAGGAGUAAAAUUUUAUUCGAAUAAAAAGAAUCAACGUAGAACGAACUUUUCGUGUCAUUUACUCGAUUCAAAAUCAUUCGGAAAUUUUUUUAUUUUUGUUUAUACUUAAUUUAUUAGUCUCAAUUUUUAUUUAGAUAUAAAUUUUACUCGUCUCCAAUCGAACGUAUACACAACGAGAACGCUUCGAAAAACUCACGUGCCUUAUACUUGACAGACGUUUCGCCUAAUUCGUGCCAGUAAUUAUUUUUAUACGAAGAAGUUUCCGUUGAUCUAAGAUCAAUAACUUGAAGUUAUUUAAACAAAAAAAAAAAAAUGUUUAAAAAGUAGGUAAAGCAAUUUCAACCCGUACAGACGAAUAUCUCUUUAAGAUUUUACAAAGGCGGAAAGUCGUUUAUACAUGAAAUUGUUUACGAAGUGUUCUUGAAUGUUCGUUACAAAUUAUUCGUGCAUAGGUGUAUUUUUCGUGUUGUCAUUUCCAGUAUCGUUCCGGCGCAUUCCGAUUCUCGAUGCGAUAACGUGUUCUCUUUUUAUCGUCGAACGACCUUCGCGACGUCGCGACACGAAGAAAGUUCUCUGAAUCGGUGACGUUGGAAAAUGUGGAGACAUUCCGCGAUACCUGGUUGCUCGAUACCGAUCGCUAUCUCUUCGGACUGAUUGCAACGAGUAAUCUCGUCCAUAGAAACGUCAUCGGCGACGAUCCGUCUGCGCCGCAGGGAAAAGAAGAGAUGGACAAAAUUUUAUUCGAACGGAUAGACUAGUUCGGAACAAAGUUUGAGCGAAAGAAUGGCGUCGCAUCGAAGCGCGGUGAAAGGGCGAGGUUCGGCAAAUAAGACCGUAUCGCAACCUAACCCAAUGAAGACGGCCAAUUUUGUAAAUGAGCGUCGCAGACGGACCGGUUACGUCAAUGUUUCAAUAUUCAGGCUCAAUCGAGCUCGUUCCAGGCGCGCGAACAAUCUCACGCGUUGCGACAGCCGCGCAUUAUCGUCGUCUAGCGGAACGCGUUUCGCAGCUUGGAUCGACGACAUACAUAUUUACCAGCGUGCUCGCGAAUCUCACCGACGAGAAACGUAUACUUUGAAUUUUUUUCAUCCUCGAAUGAAACCAGAAGCGGGCAAAAUUUCGUUCGAACAUUUUCUUGAAUUUUUCCAAUGUAUUAUAGUCUAAUUAUUUGUUUCAUAGUUUAGUUUCUUUAUAAUCUUUUUGCUUCUAAUUUACCACGUAAACAUUAUGACGAUGAUCACGUCUAAAAGAUCAAAACAUCGAUAUAAAUUUAUUUAAAACUGCAAAAUCGCCAUUCUUGUUAACGUUUAGAUAAAAAUAUCGCCCAUCUACGACCGAAGGGUGUUUCUGCCCUCGAGAAUCGGAAAGCGUGAAAACAUGAAAGGAAACACCGUAUUACUAUUAUUAUUCUUAUUAUUAUCAUUAUUAUUAUUAUUAUUAUUAUUACUAUUAUUAUUAUUAUUAUUAUUAUUAUGUGUAUACAUGUAGAUAUAUAGCCUUGUCCGGUGUUCCGUCGAUAGGGUCAAGGCGGCAAUGUACAAUAAAAUGUAGCGUAAUCAUAAGCCAUAAUGAAUUACAUAAUGCCAUAACGUUUUACAUAAUGAACGAACGUGGUGCGUCGAACCGAGCGGUGUGUGCUCGAUAGCGCGAGAAAUCUAUGCGUGGCUGCGUAAGUGCGUGCGUGAUUGCGUGUGUUCCGUGUGCACAGCCCACAAGAGUCUAUUAAACGAGGCAUAAAGCGUAUGUAAGCAAUAUAUAUAUAUAUAUUUUUUUUUUAAGCGCAUAAAAGUGUACGAACGAAGCGACGGGAAUGGAGCAGCGAAGAGUGUGGGUUCGGAAGGGGAGUUUCGUGGGCGAACCCCCGGGUUUUGAAGUCCGUACACACGAGUGUAGGCAGAGAUGUACGUACACAGGCAUACAGAAAGAAAUACACACACGUAGGGAAUAACGUCAUAAGCAUGAUAUGCUCGUGUAUCGUACAUGUACAAAGAAAUUUAUAUAUAGCGUUGAAACAUAUAAAUAUAAAAAGAGAGGGAGAGAGAGAGA